UUUCUACCUUUCAUUUUCACCCAAUCAUGAAGGCAUUUUUGAACAAAACCAAGCCUGAAAUUCCGUGUCCAAUUUUUCCUUUCUCCAAUUGAAACUCCUCAGGACUUAACUGAAGAGUAGGAAAAGCUGCACAUAAGGACAAAACUUUGUAACAAAGUCUCAUUUGCUAUUUAUUCUCUUUUGAACCAUCCUGAGCAAACACUCCCCCCUGACCUCUCUCUGUCACACACAAGAAGCCAUGAAGAGAUUUGAAGGUGAGAGCUCACACAAAGGGUCUUCAUUCUCUUCUCUUGUUAAUGAAGAAUAUCUUUCAAAAUCAUCUCAUAUCAUGAGACCUUCUAAGCGAUACGCCAUUGAGAAAUUGCCAGAGUUAAGCUUGAAAUCGCCGCCUGUAGUUAGGCCAUAUGUUCGAUCCAAAAUGCCUCGGCUCCGGUGGACACCUGAUCUUCAUCUCUGCUUUGUGCAUGCAGUUGAAAGGCUUGGAGGAGAAGACAGAGCUACUCCAAAGAUGGUUUUACAAAUAAUGAAUGUGAAUGGCCUUACCUUAUCUCACGUAAAGAGCCAUCUUCAGAUGUACAGGAGCAUGAAGCAUGAGCAGAUGCUAGAAGGAGGAGCAGAGACAGCAAAGAAUGAAACAAUGCAGGUUUUCCCUAAUUCAAAUUUCUUAUCAUGCUUAGAGCAAAGCAAUUGCCAACAGAAGGACAAGGGAUUCGUUGAUAACAACUCAUUACAGUUAACUCAUUGCAAUGGAGAUCGUACUCUCAAGAAUACAACCAUACCAAACCAAUGGUUGAUGAAGCAAGACGUGGGGAAUAUUGGAAAGGAUGUAACUGAGCCGCUAUCAUACCAAGAAACAACAAGCAAAGCAUGGGAGAAGAAGCCAAAGUCUUACAUCAUCUUCAAGGAUCUGCUCAAGAGCUACGCUACUCAAGGAAGGAAUGAGCAGAAGGGAGUGUUACUAGGUACUGUUUCCGGUUGCAAGAGCAAUCAUCAAGCAUUAGAAAUAUUUACAGGGAAUACAGAGCGAGUGAAUGAUUGCAAAAUGUCUUUAUCAAUGAACUCAAAAGCGCCCCAGUCACUGUUGAAGCUGAACAAAAGUGCCGAUGUCAAUGAUGUCUCUCUUGAGCUUACUCUUGCUUAAAAUCAUGCACAUAAUGAUAAAGACACUUUUGGGACUUCAAAAAGUGACUUGACCUUGUUGGUAGUUCUACAAUACAGAGACCAAGACGUGGUUGUGUUCAUUUGGGUUAGCUAUUUGAAAAUGUACAUCUUAAAAAAAAUAGCGGUUUUAGAAGUUCUGUUUUGAAAACAUUCUGGUUUUUAAAAAUGAAAUUUAGUGCUUGUUAAAAUUAUGGAAAGUGUUGUUGUUGUGAAAAGUUUCCGUACGAAAACAUAGUUUUCUCACAAUUUUAAAAUGCAAAACCAAUACAAAGUUAGAUUUUACUUCGAGCUGGUUAUAGCAUCAUAUAGUUCACU